AGUCAAAACACUAACAAUCACCUCAUCAACUCUACUUGCAAAUCUUCACUCGUCUCUCCCUCUUGUAAUUGACCCCUCCUGAUACCCGACCGUUCACCGUGAAAAACUUUGAUACCCUGUAGCUCAACAUGCCUGGCUUCGCACAAGCCUCGGACCUCAGCGCCUGGUCUGCGCUCCAGGACCACCACCAGAAGCUUGGAAAGGACAUUGUACUCAAGGAGUACUUCAAGAAGGACCCCCAGCGCUUCGAGAAGUUCAGCCGUACCUUUAAGAAUGAUGCCGAGAACUCUGAGAUUCUGUUCGACUUCUCCAAGAAUUUCAUCACAGAGGAGACUCUGAAGCUGCUCGUCGAGCUUGCAAAGGAGUCUGGCCUCGAGAAGCUCCGUGAUGACAUGUUCGCCGGUGAGAAGAUCAACUUCACUGAGAACCGUGCUGUCUAUCAUGUUGCGCUCCGCAACGUCUCCAACCAGGAGAUGAAGGUCGACGGCCAGAGCGUUGUCGAAGAUGUCAACAGCGUUCUCGACCACAUGAAGGAGUUCAGCGAGCAAGUCCGCAGCGGCGAGUGGAAGGGAUAUACUGGCAAGAAGAUUGAUACCAUUAUCAACAUUGGUAUUGGUGGAUCUGAUCUUGGCCCCGUCAUGGUCUCAGAAGCCCUCAAGGCCUACGCUAAGCGCGACCUCAAGAUCCACUUCGUCUCCAACAUUGACGGCACACACAUUGCAGAGGCUCUCAAGGACUCCAACCCCGAGACUACCCUCUUCCUCAUUGCCUCCAAGACUUUCACCACAGCUGAGACUGUCACCAACGCCAAUACUGCCAAGAGAUGGUUCUUGGACAGCGCAAAGCAGGAGGACAUUGCCAAGCACUUUGUCGCUCUCUCUACCAAUGAGGCAGAGGUUACCAAGUUUGGUAUUGACAAGAAGAACAUGUUUGGCUUCUCCGACUGGGUCGGUGGACGUUACAGUGUCUGGAGUGCCAUUGGCCUGAGUGUUGCCCUCUACAUUGGCUUCGACAACUUCCACCAGCUCCUUGCUGGUGCCCACGCUAUGGACAAACAUUUCAAGGAGGCACCUCUCGAGCAAAACAUUCCCGUCAUUGGUGGUCUGCUCAGUGUAUGGUACUCUGACUUCUUCGGUGCCCAGACACAUCUUGUCUCUCCGUUCGACCAGUAUAUGCACAGGUUCCCUGCCUACCUCCAGCAACUUUCCAUGGAGUCAAACGGAAAGGCCAUCACUCGCAGCGGUGACUACGUCAAGUACACCACCGGCCCCAUUCUGUUUGGUGAGCCCGCCACCAACGCACAGCACUCGUUCUACCAGCUCCUUCACCAGGGCACGAAGCUCAUUCCCACCGACUUCAUCCUGGCUGCCAAGAGCCACAACCCCGUUGACAACAACAAGCACCAGAAGAUGCUUGCAUCCAACUUCUUCGCCCAGGCUGAGGCUCUCAUGGUCGGCAAGACGCCAGAUGAGGUCAAGGCGGAGGGAGCACCAGAGGAGCUUGUUGCCCACAAGACGUUCCUUGGUAACCGUCCGACUACUUCGAUUCUGGCAGACAAGAUCACACCGGCUACUCUGGGUGCUUUGAUUGUCUACUACGAGCACCUUACCUUCACCGAGGGUGCCAUCUGGAACAUCAACAGCUUCGACCAGUGGGGUGUUGAGCUCGGCAAGUCACUGGCCAAGAAGAUCCAGGCUGAGCUUGAUGAUGACAAGGAGUCGACUGCUCAUGAUGCCAGCACCAGCGGGCUCAUCAAUGCGUUCAAGAAGAAGUCUGCCUUGUAAAUGACGGAAUGCAUCUGACGGUGGAGGCACAGCUGUAACGGCUGGAGGAUUUCCUGAAAAAAAAGGCCAAAUUAGUAUGUAGUAUGUAAGCGCCUGGAGCAUCCCUAAAUAGCCACAGCAUCAUGAUAUACGAAUGAAUAAAUAUGAACAUGGAUAAAUUC